CAAUUUUGAUCUAUGGGUAUUUAUCAUGGAAAAGAGAUAUAGUGGCUAUUUGUGAUUAAUAAAAAAAAUACUCUAAAUAAUAUACGUACCCAAAUAUUUGUAGCAAAAAUUGUGAUAAUAUAAUGUUAUAAGAUGGUAGAACCCAUAUUUGACUAUCAAUUUCGUUUGAUUUUAAUAGGUGACAGUACUGUGGGAAAAAGUUCUUUGCUAAAAUAUUUUACCGAUGGAAAAUUUGCGGAGUUGUCUGAUCCAACAGUCGGCGUUGAUUUUUUUGCUCGACUAAUUGACGUGAAAAAUGGAACUCGAAUAAAAUUACAACUAUGGGACACUGCAGGUCAAGAAAGGUUUCGCUCUAUAACGAAGUCAUACUAUCGGAAUUCAGUCGGAGCGUUAUUAGUUUACGACAUUUGUAACAGGUCUAGUUUUGAACAUAUUCCUCAAUGGAUGAGUGAAGCUCGUCGCCACAUAGAGCCCCAUCGUCCAGUGUUUGCAUUAGUUGGGUGCAAAGCUGAUCUCCUCAAUAACAGUGGUCACCGCGAAGUAUCGCGGGAAGAAGCCAAAGCCUUCGCCGAUCAACAUGGAAUUUAUCAUGUGGAAACUUCAGCCAAAAGUGGCUUGAAUGUUGAAGAAGCUUUUCGAUCUGUGACGCAAGAGGUUUACAACAGAAUUCAAACUGGGGAGUACAAAGUGGAGGAUGGAUGGGACGGUAUAAAGACUGGUUUUUCACGGCCCAAUGGUUUGGACUUUAAUUUGAUUGAAGCAGAGCCUGCAAAAUCAUCCUGUUGUUGAACACUAUAGUCAUUAAGGUUUGGAUAAUUCACUAUAUUUUCACUAAAGUAGGUAUGUUAUUUAUGUACGGUAUAAGCGCUCCGAUGUACAUUUUAUGCUUCAAAUGUAGGAAUGAGCCAAUUUAGAUUUUAUUAUUAUUAUUUUUUUUGACUAAAGCAUCUUUUAAAUUUUUAAUUCUGUUCCUGUGACUAAAAGUGAGUUCCUUUAUUGAAAGGUUGGCAUUUUGUUCACAUAUAACUUUUGUUGCGCCUAUAAAAUUUUUGGCGCAUUUUACUGAAUAGUUAUUUAUUUGGUAUUGACCAGGGACUAUUCUAUAACUGAACUUGUGCUCAAAAUUAGUAAGGGCCAACGAAAACCAAUUUUAAAUAUAUAUAAUGUUUUUUGGAUGCAGGCGCGACAAAAAUAUUUAAAAAAAAGUAAGUUAUUUACUAGCCCUUUGAUUUUAGAAAUUGAAAAAUAUGGUGUUAAGAGGUGUCCAUUUUCCAUGACAAUUCGGUAAAUAAUUUAAUUUACUGUACAUUUUAAUUUACAAAAAAACUAUCUAGUCUUUGGAAUGUUCAUGUUAACGUUUGGGUCAGAUUUACCCACAUUUUUGUUGGUUUGUGUACAUAAUUCGGUAUUGAAGUGUGGAGAAUUAUUAAUUGCUUAAAAGUCUGUAGAAAGGGUAUAACUAAAUAA